CUGGGUACGUUCCCCACUGCAGGUCAUCUGCUUCACCCUCCUCAUUCUCCUGCUGCUGGGUCUAAAACAUUUUGGGCUUUGUCCUCCAGGUCCACUAUGUUGGGACAACUACUACUUCAGAGUGUGGUGAUCCUCUGGCUGGUGCAGACAGCACAUACAGGGGGUGUGGGUCAGGCAAUGGGUGCACAAAAUGCAUACGGUGGAUACCCCACAAAAGGCAUAGGUUAUGGUGUGACCAAUGGAGGAGGGAUGAAAGGAUAUGGAGCAACAGCUGGUGUAACCAAUGGACAAGGUGGCAAACCACAGGUUUCUAAUCCAGGAGGAAAUCCAGCAGUUUUACCCAAUGGAAAUGGAGCUAAGUCUAAUGGAUAUGGUGUUCAAGCCGGCCCAACUAAUGGACAACAAGUGAAAGGCAACGGCUACGGUGCACAAGCUGGCGGAUACGGCGGACAUGGAACUAAAGGCAAUGGAUAUGGUGUUCAAGCCGGCCCAACUAAUGGACAACAAGUGAAAGGCAACGGCUACGGUGCACAAGCUGGCGGAUACGGUGGACAUGGAACUAAAGGCAAUGGAUAUGGUGUUCAAGCUGGCCAAACCAAUGGACAACAAGUGAAAGGCAACGGCUACGGUGCACAAGCUGGCGGAUACGGUGGACAUGGAACUAAAGGCAAUGGAUAUGGUGUUCAAGCCGGCCCAACUAAUGGACAACAAGUGAAAGGCAACGGCUACGGUGCACAAGCUGGCGGAUACGGCGGACAUGGAACUAAAGGCAAUGGUCAAGGAGCCGCAGCUGGCCCAUCCAGCGGCAAUGGGGCAAGACCAAAUGGACAGGGGAGAGCUGGAAGUAAACCUAUGAAAGGAUAUGGCCGACCACCUUAUGGGGCGGGUCCAGGUGUGGGGAUGGGAGCCUCCAGAGGUCUGGGAGUACCUCAGCUUGCCAGGAACGAAAGGAACAAAGCAUACAGCAGUAAUGGUUAUAAUGGUUAUAGAGCUCAACCCAUGGGAGGCUACAAUGGCGGUUAUGGCAGUGCUGGUUUGGGUCUGGGACCUCGGUAUGGAAAUGGAGGAAUGAAGGGACCGAAGCAAGGCUAUGGUGCUGCAGCUGGUGUGCCCAAUGGACAAGGUGCAAAACCCAAUGGGUAUGGCAAAUUUCCAAAUGGUUAUGGCACCAAACCCAACGGAUAUGGAGCCACCAGAGGAGGUGCAAUGAGACCCCAACCAGGUUAUGGAAAUGGAGCUGUUCCCAAUGGAUAUGGAACUAAACCCAAUGGUUAUGCAGCUGCAGCCAGAGCUGGAGCUGGUGGUCCCAAUGGCUAUGGCGCCAAACCCAAAGGUCAUGGAGUUACAGAUGGUGCUGCACUUGGUGGGUAUGGAGGUAAACUCAAUGGAUACGGAGGGCCAAGCAGAGGCUCACAACCUCAAACUACCAAAGGAGUUGGAGCAGUUUCACCCAGUGAAGGUGCUAAAACUGGCUAUGGUGGUCCUGCUGGAGUACCUAAUGGACAGUUGGCUAAAGCAGCCAAUACUGGUUACGGCAUGAUGCCAAAUGGUAAGGGUACAAAGGGUGCAGGUGCAUCCAAUGAAAAGGGCCUAAAAGGUAGAGUUCUCUCUCCGGAGCAGCCGAGUGCAACACCAGAGAAGGGUGUUGCAUCUCAACAAGCAAUAACUCAAGGUGCAGCACCUGUUGCCCCUGAGCCAACAAGUGGUGUCCUUGUUAUGAUGACACAAGAGAAAUAUCAAAAGCUGCCUUCACCUGUGCCUCAAGGAAAAAGCUACAAACAGACACCAGUAAUCCCUCAGGCUACACCAGAACCAGCACCAGCACCAGCAAUUCCUCAAGACAAAGACCCAAUGCCUGCACCUGAACCCACACCUGAACCAGCACCCAUGGGACCGAAGGCAGCCACAUCAGGACCUGCACCAGAGCCAGCAGCAGUCCUCCCUCAAGAGAACGGAAAAGGAGCUUCGAUCUCCAAGGGACAGGGAGCUAAACCAGCCAAACCUGACUGUGGACCGUCAGGAGUACCAAAUGGACAAUGGAUGAAAAUAGCUAGACCUGGUUAUAAUGCAGGUGAUGGAGCAUCCACUGGCACAAACACAAAAGGUUAUGGAGCAGGAGCUGGUGUUCCAAACGGAUAUGGUGCUAAACCCAAUGGAUACGGUGCCAGUGCAGCAGGAUUAACAAAUGGAGGAGGAGCUAAAGGAAAUAAACCAGGUUAUGAAGCAGGAGGCUACACUGUCCCUGAAUUCAGUAAUGGAUAUGGAGCUGGCCCUGGAUAUCCUUAUGCAGGGAAACCUCAGCAACCUGGUUACAAACAAGGAGCGUACCUUGGAGCUGGAUAUGGAAAUUCAUAUGGAGGGUAUGGAAAUGGCUACAGUGCUGGUGUACAGCCUGACUAUGCAAGUUUUGGCCAAGGUGUACCCAAUGCUAAUGGAAAAUCAGGUGGUGCCAGACAGCUUCCUUACAAUGGAGCCCCAGUAGUUCCUGCUGGACUAGAUGGUAUGAGCCAGUUUGAGCCUCAGUCCGCUAGCCUCGGUCCAAAUGGAAAACUGGGCAGCAUGUAUGGUGGAAUGGGCGGCUUGCCUUUUGGCGGUCAGCCCCUGGGAAUGGGAGCAGAGAAAUCGAACACCAAGUACGGCAUUGGUGGGUUGCAAUUUGGCAGACAACCCCUCAGUACAGGGACUAAUGGCGCAGGACAUUAUGGUUAUGGUGGAAGCCCCUAUGGGCCUGCCGUUGAUGGCAAAUCAUCUGGAAAAUAUGGUGGUCUUAGUGCUGGCACGGGAGGGGGUCCUGCACCCGGAAUGUAUGGUUAUGGAAGAAUGCCCUAUGAAGCUCAGCCAGCUGGACUGGGCCCUGAAGCCAAAUCUACUGGCACAUAUGGUCUGGCUGAGUCACCAUACCAGCCUGAAACUCUUGGACUUGGACAGAAUGGAAAAUUAACAGGCAAAUACAAUGGCGGUGAAGUUCCUUACGCACCACAGGCUCUUGGUUUUGGAAGUGAAGCAAAAUCUUCUGUGAAAUAUGAUAACCAGGGACCAUACCAGUCGCAGCCCCUUGAAUCAGCAUCUGAAGGCAGAUCUGGUGGAGAAUACGAAACAGCUGGUUUACCUUAUGAGCCCCUGCCUCUUGAGCCAGAUUCCCACGUGAAGGGAGAGGUACUCACUCCAGCAAUUGCAGUCGAAGGCGAAGGGAUGUCCAUUGAUAGAUACGAAAAUGUGGGCUAUAUAAAUGGACAAGUGCAGCCAGAAGUUGUUGCAUUUCCUGCAGCUUCCACUCCCAGCCCCACCCCGGCCUAUCCCUCUGUCCCAUCCUACCUGCCUGUGGAGUCCUCCUUCACACCCGAUGUGGUGCCUGGAGCUGGAUUUGAGGACCUGCCCGACCCUGUGGGCGCUGCCAGCCUCGCCCUUGACUCCACGUCUGCUACAGAAACGCAGGGCGUGGCUCAGGUGGCUGAGCAACCUGAUGAUCUGCUUCAACAACAGCUGCCACGUCAGAUACACAUUCAGCAGCAUCUCAAACUGCAUUUUCACCAACCAGACAAGUCCGGGAGAGGAGCAAAUAAUGGCAAAUAUGAUUUAAAUGGCUUCUUUGGGAAUAGUGGCUAUCAAGGUUAACCCUGCUGACAACGACAAGUAUAAUCUCUUUUUCUGCCAUUGUAUAUUAUUUUUGAUUGUUUUUUAAUUGUAUAUUAUUUUUAUUUCCUCCUGUCUGUCAAAUGUUUGCAAGUCUAGAGAUAAAACAACAUUUAAACAGUUUGAGUUUUUAGUUUUCUGUUUAUAUAUAUAUUUUUUGCAUCCUGCCUUACUUUUUUGUCCUGCACUUACUGUUCACUGUACAUGCAAAGAAUCGGUUGCUGGAGAAAUUAAGUAUGUCUGCUGCAUAUCGUCAGUGUUUUGAUUGAAUCAGUUUUGCUUGAUGUUAUCAACUCAAAAUAAUCCUGUAAAACGUAAAUUCAGUCUAAUUUAUUUUGCAUGGGAAAGGGUUUUUUUUUACUAGCAUGUGUUUAUUAUUGUACAGUAUUUGAUUGAAUAAAACCAUCAAUAAACACCAACAGUGGAAAAUA